AAAAUCGUACUAUUUUACGCCAAAUCCAUCUGUCAAAGCGUACAAUAACAACAGCCCGAAACGUCAGUGCGCACUUUUGACACUUACAUAAUUCGGUGCAACUUUGGAAAGCGCCAGCCAAUGAUUCGCCAGUUCUGGAACCGCUACAAGGUCGUGAUCAUCUUCCCAGCGCUCGCGUUCGGCUCGAUUGCGGCAGACUACAGCUACACCCGGCAGUGGAAAAAGACUCGCCUGGAGCAGAUUCAGCAGCAGCAGCAGCAGGCCCAACAACAACAGCUCGCCUAAAGCAGCACUCAAUCUCAACCAACCAACGCACAC